AUGUAUAUUGAGAAGCUAAAUUUGAACUCCGAAAAUGAGAAGAUCACGAGCUUAGACUUCCAGGCACAUAGUGAUAUGAAUAGACUAGCAAUUUCUAGCUUGCAUCAAAUAAAAAUAUAUCAUAUUCCUUUAUAUGAUAAAUCUUUAAGGAAUAAUAAAAUAAAUAUUGAAUUAUUAUUUGUAAGCAACGAUCAUAAACUUGUUUAUAUUAAUACGAUACGCUGGAGUUUUAAUGGUCUCUUUUUGGCUAGCUGUGAUAGUGGAGGCACAUUGGUGUGUUAUGAAUUGGAUUUGCAAAAAAAAAAAAUAAUGGAUGAAAUGAAAAAAAAUAACGACAACAUGAAUAAUAAUAUGAGUAAUAUGAAUAAUAUGAAUAAUAAUAAUAAUAAUGUGAGUAAUAUGAAUAAUGUGAAUAAUGUGAAUAAUAUAAAUAAUAUAAAUAAUAUGAAUAAUAUAAAUAAUGAUAAUAAUAUGAUUAGUACAACAUAUUCAUCAAUAGGAAAUAAAGAAGAAUGGAAAAUGACAAAAUGUGUAAAAAUACCAGAAAAUGGAGAAAUUUUUGAUCUUUCAUGGUCUAGAGAUAAUGAACAUGUUGUAUGUGGUGUAUCAAAAGGUGUUGUAUAUAUUUUUAAUUUAAGAAGAUCUAUUAUCGUUCAUAAAUUAUUUUUUAAUGGUACUACAGAAAAUAUUAAAGGUGUAUGUUUUCAUCCUAGUAAUAAUUCAAUUAUAGCACAAAGUAGUGAUAAUAUUACAUGUAUAUGGAAAAAAAUUAAUAUCUCUGGAGAUAAUAAAAAUUAUUCUGCUAAUUUUUAUGAGAAUAAUGGAAAAACAAAUAUAGAUGAGCAAUAUGUAAUAAGUGGAAUGAAUUAUAAUAAUAAUAAUAAUAAUAAUACAAAUAAUAUAUAUCAUAAUAAUGUAGGUCAUUUUACAUAUGACAAAAAAAGUGGCUUACAUAACAAUUUUGUUACUGCACCACAACCUUUAGCUAGAGAAUAUUUUCAUUAUAUCUAUGAAGAGAAUAUGAAUAAAAAAUAUAAAAAUAUAGAUACUCCUACUAUUCGUCAUAUUUACUUUGAUACAUUUGGCAAAUAUGCUAGCAUUACUCAUAUUCCAAAUAAUGGAAGAAACUGUGGUAUCUUAUUAAAAAUAAAAAACAAUGAAAAAAUUAAUAGGAAUAGAAUAUUUCUAGAUGGACAUGGAAGUUGUAUACGACUAGCCAAAAUAGGACAAAAGGUAUUUAUCGAUGUUCAGAAAAAAAAAUUAUAUAGUUUGUAUUGUCAGUGUAGUGACAACGGGGUUAUAUCAAUUUGGAAAAUAUUUUUGAAGAGAUUGAAGAGAAAAUCGUCAACAUGUAUAAAAGAUAUUAAUAGUAAAAAUAAUAUGAUUAAUAAAAAUACCAUGAUUUGUGGUAAUGAAGACAAAAAAAAUAUUACUAAAUAUUCUUUGGAAAAAAAAAAACUCAUAUUAAAAAGAAAAAAGAAAAUGAAUAAAUAUGCACGUUGUUUUUUAAUUAUUCAAAAUCUUUUAGAAGAACAGACAUGUGCAGUGGAUUUAACAUGGUCAGAAAAAUAUGAUCAAUUAGUAAUAGGAGCUUCUAAUGGAUCUGUAUAUAUAAUACAGUUGGAAGUUUUAAAAUUACGAUUAAGACCAUUUUAUUAUAAUAUUAAAAUAGAUAUAAGUAAUAUAGGUCCUAAUUAUAAUAUUAUUGAAAAAGACGUAGAAUCUAAGGUUGUAAAACCAAAACAAAUCAAAGAGAAUUAUCAGCAUGUAGAUAAAAAAGUUAAAAAUAGAAUAACACCAAAAAUUAAAUAUUUAUAUGAUGAAUAUGGAAAUAUAAUAGAACAUAACAAUAAUAAUAAUAAUAAUAAUAAUAAUAAUAAUAAUAAUAAUAAUAAUAAUAAUAACAAUAAUAAUAACAACAAUAAUGAUGAUGAUAAAAAAAAGAAAAAGAAAAAUACCAUAAACAAAUCUGAAAAAAGAAAUAGCAUUAGCAACGAUAAUAGUAUAGACGAAGACCCUAAUACAGAAAAAAAAACAAAACCUAUGAAAAGUAAAAAAAUGAGUAAACCGAUCAUUUCAAAUGUAACUAAUAUAAUAAAUAAUAAUAUGAAUAAUAAUAUCAUAAACAGUAACAAUAAUAAUAAUAGUAAUAGUAAUACUAAUUGUAGUUAUAGUAAUAAAGAUGGAAAAACAAAUAAACACUCUAAAAAAAAAACAGAAAUAAAUAAUGAAUCGUAUACUUUAAAAAAUAUGAACGACAUGACAAACAAUGAAAUUGUUAGAGGAGAUAGUAUAAAAAAUGUUGUCGAAGAAAGUAUUGAAAAAAAAAAAAAUCCUUCUAAUAAUAACACUCCACGUAAUAUGAAUAAUAUAAAUAAUAAUAAUAAUAAUAUGAAUAAUCUCAAUAAUAAUUUUAAAGAUGAUGAUUAUUAUUUUGAAAGUUUUACAAAUUAUUUAAGAGAAUAUGAUACAUUAGAUUCAACUAAUAGUCAAGUUAAUUUAAGAAUUUUAGAUAUAAUAAGAAAUAAUUAUAAUAAGGAAGAUGGUAAAGAUAUGUAUGAAUCUACUAUUCCUAUAGUUACACAAUCAUUUUCUAAGUUUGAUGAUAUUAAUAAAAAAAACAAUCAUGGAUUUGCCUUAUUUAAUAUUGAUCAAAGCUUAAAUGUAAAUAAUGUUGUUGAUUUGAGUAAAGAUAAAAGUGCAGAGAAAAAAAAAGUAAAUAAAAAAACAGAAGCAAGUGAAAAAAAAGAUAAACAAAAGGAUACCAAUUACAAAAAAAGGGAAAGUAAAGCAAAGGAUUCAACUGACAAAAAAAAGGCAGAGAAUAAACAAAAAGAUACUAAUGAAAAAAAAAGAGAUAGUAAAGGCAGUACUACAAAUGACAAAAGGAGGGAGAGUAAGUCCGGUGGAAGCAAUGAUAAAAGGAAGGAAUCAAAAAGGGAAAGGGCAAACAUGAUAGAAAAGGAUACAAAAAAUGUAAAUAAAGAUAUGAAUAAUGAAGAUAAUAAUAAUAAAUAUGUGAAUAAUGAAGAUAAUAAUAAUAAAUAUGUGAAUAAUGAAGAUGAUAAUAAAUAUGUGAAUAAUGAACAUAAUAAUAAAGAUAUUAACAAUGAACAUAAUAAUAAAGAUAUUAACAAUGAUCAUAAUAAUAAAGAUAUUAACAAUGAUCAUAAUAAUAAAGAUAUUAACAACGUUGUAAUGGAAACAUUAUCUAUAGACAAAUCUACCUGUAAAAAUCCAAGUGAUCCUAACAAUUCAACAAAAACUUUGAAUAAAACAUCUAAUAUGGAUUCUAAUUCUUCUAUGAAGAAAGAUAUGAAUAAAUCAAUAACUAUAAACACUAAAACGUUGUGUAAUGCAGAGUGUGUUAUCGAAUCGAAUAUAUAUUCGAAUGUCGAAUCUGCUGUGCAUUCUAAUGUAGAAUCUAUUGCAUAUUCUAAUGGAGAAUCUAAUGCACAUUCAGAUGCUGAUAAAGGAACAUGUAUAAAAAAUGAAAAAAAGGAAGAGAAAAAUAAAAAGAAAAAUACAUCAACUAGUAAAAAAAAAAAUAAUAAUGCUGAUAAUUCAGAUAUUGAAUGGGAUAACUUCAAUCCACAAUUUACAGUAUUCAAUACUUUUGAACCUAAUGAGAAUAUUUUUCUUUCUAAAGAAAAACAUGAUGAUUCAAAUGAUCGAGAUAAAUGUGGUUCUAAUAACAUGCAAAAAAAACAAUCCAAGAGAAAAAGUGUAGAUAAUAUAAAUGAAAAGAAACAUAAUAAUAAUAAGAAGAAGAAUGAUGUUUUCUUUUCAUCAAAUGAAAUUAAUAAUAAAAACAAAAAUAAAAAUAUGAAUAAUACAUCCAUGUUCUUUUCUAAUGUUGAAAAUAACGAUGUAAUUAAUAAUAAAACAAAUGAUGAUAUCAAUUUGUUGCAUAUGGAACGUCAAAUAUAUGACAACAAGAAAUAUGGAGAUAAAAAUGUUCUUAUGAAGAAAAAGGAAACCAAUGAAAUUAUGAAGGAAGAAUCUCAUGGAUGUGUUAAAAAAUUAAAAAAUGAUGAACAUGUUGAUGCUCAUUAUUUAAAUUGCGGCAAUAACAUUGAAAGUAGCAAAAUGAAGAAUCCAAAGAAAAAAAUGAUUUCCAAUGAAGAUAAUAUAAAUAGGUUGAUAAAAAAAGAAGAAGGUGAUUAUAAUAAAUGGAAACAUGAUUCUAUGAAUACAUAUUUAUAUGAUAAAGGAGAUCAUGAUGAUAUAAAUUAUAGUAGAAGAGAAUUACUUGGAAGUGAAGGCUUAGAAAAUAAGGAUGACUUUAUGUGUAGUUUUAAAGAAUCAAGAAAUGAUAAUAAUAUAGAACAAAAAAAAAAAGAUGAUGGAUAUGAAAGGAGAAGCAUGAUUAAACAAAGUUAUAUGGAGAAAGAAAAAGGGCAAGUACAUGAUGUUUAUAAAAGAUAUUAUCAACAAGAAGAAAAUGAUAUAAAUGGAAGUGAUAUAAAUGGAAAUGAUACAAAUGGAAGUGAUAUAAAUGAAAAUGAUAUAAAUGAAAAUGAUAUAAAUGAAAAUGAUAUAAAUGAAAAUGAUUAUCCUUAUAAUAUGAAAAAAAGAAAAUAUGUUCAAAAUAGAUAUGGAAGUAAUCAAGAUAUGUUACAUGAUAAUAUAUUAAAUAAUAAGAAUUGUGUAAUAAAAUCUGGUUCUAAUUAUCAUGCUGAAAUGCUUAAUAAGAAUAAUAAGUUAGAGCCAUGUGAAGAAAUAAAUAAUAUAAAGAAACACAACAACAAUAAUAAUAAUAAUAAUAAUAAUAAUAAUUAUAAUAAUGAUGAUAUAAAAAAUAUGAAUGACAAAAGAAUUAAAAAAGAAAAAGAUAAUUCUGAUAAUAUAGAUAAUAUACAUUAUAAAAAGUUUAUGGAUAGAAUUUUCAUAUUAGACAAUAGAUAUGAAAAUUGUCGUAUUUGUUGCUUACAUGAAGAUGUUUUAAUAAAAAAUAAAAAUAAAGAUAAAAAUAUAGAUAAAAAGAAACAAAUAUAUAACAAAUAUUAUAUAUUAUGGGAAGAUGAAUUAUUAGGACGUAUGAUUAAUUUUAUAUUUGACAAUUAUUAUAUAUAUAUCUUAACUAAUAAUAAUAAUAAUAAUAAUAAUAAUAAUAAAUGUGAUACAUCAUUAUUAAGUAUAUAUAAUUUAGAAAGUAAAUUAUUAUUAGAUAAUUUUAUUAUACCUUUAGAAAAUGUAUGUGGAAUUAAUAUAAUAAAAACAUUUUAUAUAGAUAAUAGUAAUAUGUAUAUAUUUUUUUAUAUAUAUAAUAUAAGUGGUUUAUAUUAUAUAUAUCAAUUAUAUAACUAUACUGUUAUAACUUUAUUAUAUUCUUUUAAUAUAUCACAAUUAAAUACAACUGUUGAAUCUAUAAAUAUGAGUAUUAUAGAAAAGUUAGAAAAUAAUAUAUCUAUAGGGAACAUACAAAAAGUUUAUUUAAGAAAUUAUAAAAAUCAAUUUUUAGUUUCUAAAAAAACACAAAUAAAAACGAAAUUACAAAAUUAUAAACUCGAAAGUAAUACCAAAUUAAACAAUCGUAUUAAUUUUAUAGAUGAUAAGAAAAAAGAAAAAGAAAAAGGAAAAAAAAAAAAAAAAAGUAAUAUAAUAAAAAAUAAACCAAAUAUUAAAGAAAUUAAAAAAUUAAUAAAAUAUAUAACAUUUUAUAUGAAUCAAAAUGAAAAUUCUUUAUUAUUAAAUAAUAUGAAUACACAUCUGUUUAAUGAUCAUAAUAAGUUUAGAUUAAAUCAAAUUACAUUUUUAAAUAAUAAAAAAAAAAAAAUAAAAAAAAAUAAAAAAAAAAAUAGUAAUAAUAAUACAUAUGAAUGUAAUAAUAAUACAUAUGAAUGUAAUAAUAAUAUAUAUGAAAGGAAUCAUUGUAAAUAUUAUAAUAAUAUUAAAAAAUAUAUAAAUAAAAAAAAUACAUUGAAUCAUAAUAAUUAUAGUAUUUGUAAUUCAUUAUUAAAAACGAAAAUUCAAAAAAAAAUUAAUAAUAAAAAAUAUGCACAAUUUAAAUAUAAUUCUUAUUUAAGUCAUACUAAGAAUAAUAUAAAUAUAACAAAUUCUUCAAGAUUAUUAUCUUGUAAUGAUAAUAAUCAAUUCCAUAUAUUAAGACGUAUGCCAGUAUCAAAAAAAAGUAAUGAUAUAAAUCUUUUAGAUAAUGAUGAAAAAGGAAAGAAAAAAAUGAAAACAAAAAAUGAAUUAUUAGGAAAAAAUAGUUAUAUAACUGAAUUUUUUAAUAAAAAUAUAAAUGGAUAUGAUUUAAUAUAUGAUUAUAUAUAUAGAAAAAAAUCAUUUUUUUAUAGUUACAUGUGUAUAUAUAUUUUUUUAAAAAAUGGAAGUAUAUUCUUAAUAAGAAGAAAUCUAAUGACAAAAGAUAAAGAUGAACGAUUUAUUGAAUUAUAUGAUAAUAUAUCUCAAAAUAAUGGUGUAACACUUAUAUCACGUUUGAAUAAUAUUUAUUAUGAUAAGUCAUUGUAUUGUGAUAUUGAUUUGAGAGGAGGAAAAAAUGACAACGAAGAAAAUAACUUAUGUGGUAAUAACAUAUGUGAUAAUAAUAUUUGUGAUAAUAAUAUUUGUGAUAAUAAUAUUUAUGAUAAUAAUAUUUGUGAUAAUAAUAUUUAUGAUAAUAAUAUUUGUGAUAAUAUUAUUUUUAAUAAUAUUUAUGAUGAAUACAAUUCCGAUUUAGAAUAUCCUUAUAAAUAUUCACAUUAUAAUGAUCAUCAUUGUGAUAGACGAACAACAUUAAGAUGGGCAGGUUACAAAGAUGAAAAAAUAAAUUCUCCUUUUUUUGACGAUCUUUUAUGUCAGAAAAAAAAGAUGAAUAAAGAAUGUAAUGAUUUAAUAUUUAGCACACAUUUAGAUAGACAACAUUAUUUAUAUAAUAAAAAUAUACAUCUAUCUGAUAACUUACAAGAAAUACAAAAAAGAGGAAUGAGAAAUGUUUUUACAUAUGGAAACUUUUUUAACAUAUAUAAUUUUGACUUGAAAAAAUUAUUAUUAUCAGAACGAAAAACAAAAAAAAUAAAAACAAGCAAUGAAGAUUAUUCUCAAAAUUAUUGUCAAGGUGAAUAUACAAAUGAAGCUAAUAAAUAUAAGAAUAAUAGCCUUCGACUACUAGAAAAUAAUGAACACAACAUGAACCAUAAAAUUAAUAAAGAGAACAUUGAUAGCAUAAAAAUGAUAGAUGAUAUAGAACAUUAUAAUAAUGUUAAAAAAAAUAAAAAAGAACAAAAUAAAGUUUCCAAUUUUAUCAAGCAAUAUGAUGUAUCAAAAAAAGUAAACAAUGAAACAUUUAUGGGACAUGAUAAUAUAUAUAAUAUUAAUUUAGAAGAUCAUAAUAAAAUAGAAGAUAUAUAUAAUAAGUUUUCAUGUAAGGAAUAUGAACAAAAUAAUAUAAAUCUUUCACAUAUACGUCCUAAAUUAAUAAGAACAAAUUCGUUGCCAGCAACUUUGUCUUCAUCUUUUUUAACAGGUACACAAUCAAACUCGUUAAUAAAUCAUAAUGAUCAUAAUAAUGAUAAUAUUCAUAAUAAUGAUAAUAUUCACAAUAAUGAUAAUAUUCAUAGUAAUAAUUUUUGUUAUUCCUCAUAUUCUUCUUCAAAUGAUAUAACAUCUGAUAUAUUAACAGCACCAUCUUGUAAUUUCGAAUCUGAUGAGGAAUCUCAAGAGAUCCAUGAUAUUACAUCAUCCAAUUUUUUAUCUGACAUGUCACAAGAUAUGCCUCCCAUUUAUAACAACUCUAACUUAUCCAUCCAAGUGAAGAAAGAAAGAAACCAAAGUGAAGAAAGAGAUGAUACUACGCUCAAACAAAAUACAACACCAGGAAAAAGAAAAAGAAAUAAAAAGGAGGACAUUUCAUCAAAUAAUAUAAAAAAUAAAAAAAAUAAUAAUAGUAGAGAACAAAUUAAAAAGACUACAAAUAAUCAUAAAAUAAAAAAUGUGUCUUUAAAUGAAAAACAAUAUAUUGAUGAUGAUAAUGUUCCACAUCCUUUUACAAUAUAUAAUAAAUUUGUAUAUAAAAAUUUCCCAGAUAUUUUUAAUUGUAUACAAACAUGGAAUAAACAAGAUAAAGAUAUAAAAACAAAAAAAUUAUCUAAAGAAAGUGUUUAUAUAAAAACAAUAAAAUAUUUAGAAUUACAAAUGAAAUAUAGUAUAUAUAUAAUGAAUAAAAAAGCAUUUUUAAAUUAUUUAUAUGUUUAUUUUAAAUUCUUAGUAGAAUAUUUAGAUAUAUCAAGAAUCCAUCAAACAUUCUUAUAUUUUAUUCAUACAACAUUAAAUCAUUGUCAAAAAUAUUUUUCAAAUUUUGAUAUCUAUUUUCAUAAUGUUCAACCACCAUAUUGGAGUGAUACAAAUUCCUUAUUAUCUAUGAACGUCCAUUUUUUCUUUAUAGUCUUAUUUAUUUAUUAUAAUUUUCUUCUACCCUUAUAUAUACUCUUAUGUAGAAAAGAAACCAAAAAAAUAUAUUACUCAUUUUUAAAAUUUAUAAAGGAAAUGCAAAAUGCUAUUUUUUAUAUUCAAAAGAUAUUCCACAAUCAUUUUCACAAGUUAUGUAUAUAA